AGAAUUGCGAAUCGCCUGCAUAAAGGAAAUUGGAAAAUUUAAUAAAUUAAAAAUGUUCUUGCUAAAUUCUUUUAUUCUUUGCCUGAGCAACAAGGUGUGAGUAGUUAAAUUGUUCCGUCGUUUUACGCGCGUAAUUAUUGUGCAAAAACGAAUUAAACACUUAAGACUGAAAGGAGUGAAACGCGAAUUAGUAGUCAAAACCAAAGUUGCCUGCACAAAUAUAUUUAUAUUAAUUUUUGCAUUUAAAAAUAUUUAAGUGAAUUUAAUUGCAUUAGUUUUAUGCUUUACUAAAGUUUUGUGCUUAAUUUAUUUUGACAAACAAUCAAAACAAAAAUGGAUUCGCUAACCGUAAUGAAAGUGUGUUGUAUCGGCGCUGGAUAUGUUGGUGGACCAACUUGCGCCGUAAUGGCGCUUAAGUGUCCCGACAUACAGGUCACUGUAGUGGAUAGGAGCUCGGAACGCAUAGCUCAAUGGAAUUCAGACAAAUUGCCAAUUUACGAACCCGGUCUAGAUGAUGUCGUCAAAAAGUGCCGCAAUGUAAAUCUGUUCUUCUCAACUGAUAUUGAAACUGCCAUCAAAGAAGCCGAUCUGAUAUUCAUCUCCGUAAAUACGCCAACAAAAAACUUUGGCAAUGGCAAAGGUCGUGCCGCCGAUUUAAAGUAUGUUGAGAGUGCUGCCCGUAUGAUUGCUGAAAUCGCACAAUCAAAUAAGAUUGUGGUGGAGAAGAGUACCGUACCGGUGCGAGCUGCCGAAAGUAUUAUGCACAUCUUGCAUGCCAAUCAACGGCCAGGCAUACGCUAUGACAUACUCUCAAAUCCUGAAUUUCUUGCCGAGGGUACAGCAAUUGAGGAUCUGGUACAUGCGGAUCGUGUACUAAUUGGUGGCGAGGAAACACCCGAGGGUCACAAAGCAGUUGAAAAAUUAUCUUGGAUCUAUGAACACUGGAUACCCAAAAAGAAUAUCCUAACAACGAAUACUUGGAGUUCAGAGCUAUCAAAAUUGGCAGCAAAUGCAUUCCUAGCGCAACGUAUAUCGAGCAUAAAUUCCCUAUCGGCUGUUUGUGAGGCUACGGGCGCUGAUGUGUCUGAAGUGGCGCGUGCUGUUGGCCUCGAUUCACGUAUCGGCGCUAAGUUCUUGCAAGCGUCAGUCGGUUUUGGUGGUAGUUGCUUCCAAAAGGAUAUUCUGAAUCUGGUGUAUAUAUGUGAGGGACUCAAUUUGCCCGAAGUGGCGGCUUACUGGCAACAAGUGAUCGAUAUGAAUGAAUAUCAAAAGUCGAGGUUUUCACAAAAGAUCAUCGAAAGCCUCUUUAAUACCGUCUCAGAUAAGCGCAUUUCAAUCUUUGGUUUCGCUUUCAAGAAAAACACUGGCGAUACACGUGAGACACCCGCCAUAACGGUAUGCAAAACGCUACUGGAAGAGGGUGCCAAGUUAGAUAUUUACGAUCCAAAAGUGGAACCUGAGCAAAUAAUAGACGAUUUAACGCAUCCAUGUGUAACGGAGUCACCGGAAAGUGUGAAGAAGGCGGUGCAAAUACAUAGCGAUCCAUAUAGUGCAGUGCGUGGCACACAUGCGAUUGUACUUUGCACGGAAUGGGAUGAAUUUGUGACAUUGGACUAUAAACGUAUCUACCAAUCAAUGAUGAAGCCAGCAUAUAUUUUUGAUGGUCGCAAAAUUUUGGAUCAUGAACGUUUGCAACAAAUUGGUUUUCAUGUGCAAACAAUUGGCAAACGUUAUCAACGCACUGGUCUAAAUCGUUCUUGGGGUAGCGUGCCACAACUGUAGGAAACGAUCAUUCAUAUGUAGUUUUCCAUAUGAAUUAACGAAGUCACUGAGUUACAUCAGCGUGACCAGGUCAAGCUGUUGAGAUAAACGAAUUACAAGAUCCAAAACUAUUAAAUAAAGCCUAUAUACAGUAUUUGUUAAUAUUCUGCUGUAACAUUUAUUAUUGUAAAUAUAUUUACAAGAAUGUAUGUGUGCAAGUGUGCAACUGUAAGAGUUCAUUAUAGAAAUCACGUUGUAUUGAGCAUACAAAUAAUCUUUAAAUGCGUUGCUGUUUGAAACACGCCAAGUAUAAUUCAACCAAACUAUUCAUAUACUGUUAGUUAUCGCAUUUCCUGCCAACGGUACUUACAUACAUACGUACAUCAAUGGAAUUUGUUUUAAAUUUUAAUUAAUAAUGUAUUUCCUAUACAAAAUCAAGUAUUGAGCACGAACUUCCUCCCAUUCAACUUCAUUUCUUUGUCAAUAACACUAAAACAAUAAAAAAUAUGUAUGCAAUUCCAAUAAUGUAGGUACACAGUAAUGAAACAUAUUUUUAUGAAUAAGAGAAAGGAAAAUAAAAUGAUUAAU